AAGGGCACAUGUAGAUGGGUGAGUGUCCACACGCCGGGAAUCGCCAACGAUCCGUGCAGGCGAUUCGUUGGCGUAGAUGGACCCUUCGGCGCCUGAAAGCAACAGGACGGAGCGACCGGACGUCAGGCAUCUCUCCGAUCUAUCGCGCCUGCCCCGAAAUGAGAAGGUCUGUGUACCCUCACAGAGAAGUUCCAUCUAUCACCUGCCUCUGUUUUCAUUUCGUUUGUGUCUGUCAGGUGACGUUUUCAGCCGUCGUUUGGGAGGUGUCAGCAUGCCCACUGGACCCAAACAGCGCACGUAAGCAUCAGUGUGUCCAACAAAGACGUGCUCACACUCGGGAUGAUCCAUUCAUGUGCGGGUGUGUAUACAGCCUGUGUGAGGGUCUGGUUGGUGGAUCAGAGUUUUGCCCCUGACAGAGCAACAAGGCCGUCGGUGGCCCUCAAGGUGCGCUGGACGGUGGAUGCACACACCCGUAUAUGCACCACCUGGUGCUGUGUGCUGCGUGGCAGCUACCUGUCGACAUUCCCAUGAUGGCGGCUGGUGAUAUCCUCCAUGUCGAUGGGGCAACGGUAAGCAGGCCUGCCACCACACGCAGGCGCUCUCUCUGCACAUGACAUGUGCAUGAUGUAGGUCGACCCCAAGACCGUCAUGACGACCACCAUCGUGCCCUCUGGCGACACAUCUGCGUACGUCUGGCCGUCCUCUUUGCCCGAGCCCCCUUCACACGAGAACGCCACCUAUGUGCUCGGGCCGAGCGGUGCGGUGGACGCUAGGAUGGCGACACAACUGUGGGCGUGGGUGCAGACUUGGGGGAAGAGGCCGGCUGGCGGCAACGGGCAGACAGACAUGAUUGGAGAGGUGAGCACAUACAAACCACUUAUGUACGGCCAUCAGACCACCUUGUGGAUUUGUUGCAGGUGGAGGAUGUCAGUCUGUCGCCGUGCUUUCGAGUGAAGCUGUCGGCUGCUGACCAGACCCAUGACGUGUGGGUGCUGUCUGAGGCACUGGGCUACCACCUGAAGAAGGCAAGACCACAGCAGACGGAAGACCCCCCACACACAUUUGUCGCACUUCAGGGUGUAGAGGUCGGUGAUAUCCUUCAUCUCAGUCGUCUAGAGCACAUGCCUGGCGGCACAGGUACGAUCCCCAGACAGCAAAUCAUGCCUGCACACGCGACGCUUGUUGUCUCCAUCCCAGGCUACAUGUACACGACGUCGUCGUCCGCCGUCACCCGUCUGCCUGCCACCCACGCCGCUCGGCGCUCCACCUCUCCCCCGACAACCAUCGCCCCCAGCUCCUUGGCAACCAUCCCCGAUCCAUCUGUGUCGCCACGGAAGCCACCCGCAGCACCACACAUGCCCCCUGCCAGCAACGCAGCAGACAAGCCAGCAGACGUAACGGUGCGAGCGGUUGCAUUGCCGACGACGGCUCUAUCUGGAUUCCCUUUAAAGGUCGCGCAGGCAGGUCGUGCCGUGGCAGCGGGCAAGGCUGACGGGGUAAGGGCUGUGGGCAGGGGGACGCCGAUCGGCAGCAAGGGAGAUGUGUCGGACUCAUCAGACGGUGACCAAAAAGUGGAUCGGACAAGGUGACCACAUGACACACACACAGUGCACGUUCACGAAAAUACACAAAGCUCCAUCUGCACCCCUCUGUCUGUGUGUGGGUGCGCUUAGUCGCCCUGCCAACAUCCGCUCGGUGUCAGCCACACCGACGCCGACGCCGACGCCGACGCCCACGCCCGUGAUCGGCGACCAUCCAUCACUGGUUACGGCCUGCCUGCACGUGCAGGACGGCGCCAACCGGGAGGGCCUCGGCGUGUGCAAGAAGUGUUACAACAAGGUAGGUAGGUCGGGGGAUACCAUACAUACCGAGACACACCACUCACUCGAUCGAACCAUCCACAGUACAAGGACUGGGUGUGGGCGGAAGGGCGGCUGUCCGAGCGGCUCAUCGAUGCCUUCAACAAGGGAGGGGACCUCGGGUUGGUCUUCUCCGAGUACGUCUUCCCAUCCCCCAACAAGGUAAGCAACCGUGCCACGGCCGCAGCACACGUGAUGCACAAUAUCAUGUGUGUGUGUGGUUGUGGGUGUGGCCAGUGCAUCCCGCUUGCAGCCUUGGCAGAAAUCAGGACAGGCAAGCUGACGCCCAAGCUGACCAAGAAACUCGUCAACGGCCGCAACGGCGGCCUGGACGAGAUCGACGUCACCUGGUUCGUACUGAGGCAGAUCCAGGUAGGUGCCCUCCUCCCCCUCCCCGUCCCCGCAACACAACACCCAAUGCAUGUGGGGAUCGGGGUUGUGUUGCAGGAGCGGUAUCAGCUCCCAGAAGGUCGCAAGACAGCGGUGUUCGAGCUGCCCACCAACAUGACCGACGAGCCGCCGUCAGUCAUCCGCAACAGAAUGCCGCUGCCGGCGAAUGACGACCAACCAGAGAACGAAGUCCCCCGGCAGAGGCGUCGCGCCCGCACACCAGCACCAGCACCCAACACGCUCACCAGUGCGGCCCCACCACAACAGAACAACUCAUCAGAGGCAGCAUUUGACGCCCCCGUGGCCCCCUUUGUCAGCAACGGGGCCCAACAGGGGGGUGAUGGUGGCCUGAUGGCCAUGGCAGAUGACGCAGAGGUACGUAGGACAAAAGACAUGCGCAAACGUCCUCAUGUGAUGGCCUUCAUGUGCGCAGGUGUGCGUCAGUGUAGCAGUAGCACCAGCAGCUGGCGUGACUUUCAGCGUGGUAGGGUGGAAUGUGAUGUACGAGUCGACCGUGGGCACAGGGGCCACCAGCAAGCGCCGGAUGGUCGUCAGAGCGAUGCACAGCCACCUCCAGCCAGAGAUCAUGCUCAUGCAGGUUUGUACGUAUGUUCCACGGAGAGGAAAACAUUUGUUUAUGUGCCGAACAUGUGUGUGUGCAGGAGGCCAGGUCCGUGUCUGAGCUGGUGGACGGCUCAUAUCGUAUUACUGCUACAGGUCGGCGUGGUAUCACACCUCUGUGUGCGAAGCCGUAUGUGUGUGUAUGCCUUUGUUUCAGGCGGUGUCGGCAGGGAGGAUGCGGCCAUCGCAUGGGACGCCCGGCGUGUGACGCUGACGCCGAUCCCGAUAGAUGGCGACAUCUGGACGGUAGGCAUCCACACACAGAGAACCCAGACAUGGACAUGAUGGACAUGAUGUGUGUGCUGCACAUGACGGUUGUGUGCAGGAUGCGCUGAGUGCUCUAAAGGCCAGCGAGGCCUUCAACCGCGACUUCCGCAUCCCAAAGAGGUACGUGUGCAUUUGUGGGAAGGCACAGAGGCACGUGUGUGAGUGUGUAUGCCUAUGCAGGCAAGAUGCGGAGGCCUUCAUUGACGGCCUGCUGGCGGGUGGCGGCGCUGACCGACACAGACUGUGUGUUGGCCUCGUCACUGCAGAGGUGCAGUCACACAUACUUAUGGCCCUAUGUGCGUGUGUCGAUCUGUGUAUGUGUGUGUGCCUAUGAAUGCAGGAGUCGCUUAGGUGUCUGGUGGCGUCAUUCCACAACUACCACUGGCGAAGAGAGAACGAAACAGCAUUCAACGCCAUGACGGUACGACUGCACUGCAGAAUUGUGUCUGUGCGCACAGAGGGACGGGCACUUUGUCUGUCCGCACACAGGUGGUUUUGGAGUUCCUGCGCAUAGCGAGAGAGAGCGUUGCCGACGGCAGAUACCCAAUCCUGCUCCGUAAGUGCACACCAUUCAACACAGAUACGAAUCCUUCUGGAGAUUCGUCUACACGUGUGUGCCUGCAGAUGUGGACGCCAACAUCAACUUGGCCAAGCCACCAGGCCGUGAUCCCCUGCAGCAUCCGCCCAUGGACCAGACACCAUGGAAACUCCACACGUAUCAGGUAUGCCCCCGCAUGCCGUAUACGCUUCAUAUCUGUGCUUGCGUGUCUACAAAUGCCUUCAUGCAAUGCAGCCGUCUGCGCGCCGAUUGUCCAAGUCGUGCAUCGACUACUUCCUCUCCCUCAACCCGACUGCUGAGCGUGGUGGCUGUGUCAUUGACGUGAAGGACGUGACGGCUGUCGACCUGAAGGAAUGCAUCAUGAACGAGAGUGUGGUGCCUCCCGCAGCUUUGCAGGUGAUGAGAGACCAGGUGGCGCUCUCAUCGCGGUCCAAGGAUGGGUCCACUGUUGACUUUUCGAGAGAGGCUCUUAGCGAGACGCUAGAUCACGACCCCAUUAGGUGUACUGUCGUGUUGUCUGAGCGGCCGCCUACGGCAUGAAUGUGGAUAGGGAGGGAUGCGUGAGAGGUGUCUGCAGUUGUGACGCAAUGAGUUGCUUGCACGGAAACAAACCGGGAUUUCACAAGUGCACUGCUGUCACACAUCAUCGUGCAACCUGCCUUGUCCUGAACUCGCGUACAUCGUGUUUGUCAUGUGUCCUUGUGUGUGUGUGUGUGUGUGUGUGUGUCUUGCGCAGACGGUGGUAGAGGGCAGCACGGUGGCCAGGGUGUACGAGAUGUUCAUCUGCCAGUGGGUCGGGACGCCCAACAAACGGCUUCGGCUGCUCUACCGGUAUGCACAUUCACCCCCAGCCCCCUCCACCUAUCGCUAGCCUAAUCUCACUCUCUACUUGUGUGUUCUCCGUUUAGCGCCACACGCGAUGGCCCGACGUACGGCGAUCUCCUUCGGUGCGUGGGCAGCACCAAGGGCCUGGUCUUCGUCGUGCGCAAGAACCAGUACAUCUUCGGCGCCUACAUCAGCGAGGGCAUCAAGUUGCCGGAUGCUCCGAUGCUCUACAGCAGGUACGAGUGCGGCGGGUAGCAAUUCUGCCUCAGCGGCAACUUUGACACGCCGACCAAGAUAACCAUUUCUCGACCGUACCUCGAGAGGUUGCCCGGAGGGACGGGGCAGCGGAGAUUUGUGGGAACAUCAGUAUCAGGGGGCAUAUCUGUUCGCGCACCUGUGCCUGGGCCAUGCCGAGACAGACAUGGGUUUUUGUGCCGACAUGCGCUGCUGCUGUGAGCCAUCGAUGUGCAUGAACUGCCUGCGGGCUAUCGGGGGUAUGUGCACGAGCCAAUCUCUUUCCCUGCACCGCUCGUUCUGGCAGCCGCAUGAGCUUCCUGGCUGAUGAGCUGGAAGUGCUCAGUGUGGUGUGAGCACCAGCAGCAUGUGUGUGUGUGUGUGUGUGUGUGUUGAGAGGCUGCUGGUCGUCUCUCUCUUUAGCAGUGCACGUGGUGAUUGAUAAUAGUCUGUAGUGCAUCUAUCUGCAGAUGCAUGGGUCAUUGACAUACGUGUCAUUCACUGUCUUCCGUGCAAAAAAAAAGACGAAAACUUACAGAAGCUGAGAGCG